AAGCUAGCGCUACGUAGCGCUACGUAGCGGCUUCAUGUAGCAGUUGCAAUUGCUGCGUUACUUCUGCUGGACAGUAGUGCUACGCGCAGCGCUUUUUGUAAGCGCAAAUAUGUUUGUAUACAAAUCGCCGUUGUAUUCUUCGGUUGCUAAGCUGUGUUUUUUAAUUAUUUAUAAAAAUGGCAAAAAAAGUGUCAAAGUAUUAUAAUUGAGACGGUAUUAUUGUAAAUGGCGGCCACUACUUAGAACAUGCUACGCGUAGCCAUACUGUCCAGCAGAAGUAACGCAGCAAUUGCAACUGCUACAUGAAGCCGCUACGUAGCGCUACGUAGCGCUAGCUUCGGCUAAACACACCCAUUGUUAGGGUUAGAUUUGAAGGCGGGAAAAUAUUGAAGAACGAAAAAUCGCGAUUAACCUCAUCGAUUGAAAAUAUGUACAAACUGGUGUUUUUCAAUUCAAUGUUGUAACGGCUCAGAGGACAUAAAGGAGACACGCAUAUGCCAGUUAUAUGUGUGGGGAUAACCCACCUUUCCUGUGACUGACUGGUUUUUAGUGACUAAACUUAAUUAACGUUUGUUUGAUUAUAAUAUAUUCUUGUAUAACAUAGAUUGGAUAAUGGCAGAGAGCAAAUGUUUACAAAUGAUUCAAACAAACUUUUCUUUAUACGGUCUUGUAUUACCAAGAGAACUCAGGGUAUCUUUAGCAAAACACUUGGUAAAGAUAUCAGAAGAAGAACGCGAAUCUUGGCUCACUCGCAUUAUAGAGUUGAUUUUGGCCCAAAAUCUGAACAGUCCGCAUGUUGAUGCCGAACAUUUAAAACUUGCUAUAGAAGAGUGGAUGGAGCCAACCAAGUUAAAAGACACAGAAACAGUAUUUAACGUUAUAAAUGGAUAUGAUAUACCUAGAAUAAAGUACGAUAUCAGCAAGAAGAAGUUUGUUAUCGAUAAUGAGAGUUUAUAUUCUGAGGCAGAAUAUAAAUCGUUGAUAUUUAAAGAUCGUUUUGAAGUACUGUGGUAUAAAACUUUGAGACACAAACAGUUUCAAUUUUCCAAGUUUGAGAAACAACAAAUGGACAAGAUAGAUUUGAUACCUAUUGAAUAUUUAUUGAGUGAACUAAGAAUGGGCAAUGUGUGUGUCAUGGGUAUGAUAACACAAUUAACAGAAGAUCAAUAUUACUUGGAAGAUACAAGUGGAACUGUUAAAAUUGACCUCACCGAUACAGAUUUUCAGGAUACAUUUAUCAUGGAAGGUUGCAUAAUAAUAGUUAACGGAAUUUAUAAAGAUAAUACGUUACAUGUGAAAACGAUCAGUUUUCCGCCGAUAGAAUUAUCGGAGAGCUCGAGAUCAGAUUUCGGCGAUAGUAAUACGUUUGGCGGACCGCACAAUUUGUCGCUGAAAAUGUCGGAAAAGUUACAAGUUCACGAAGAGACCAACCAGGACGGAAUGAUAGUUUUCAUAGCAGAAUUAUGGUUGGAUAUUCCAACCGUUCUGCAAAAAUUCAAAACUGUUCUAGAAGGCUACAUGGACUACCCUCCUGUAGCUUUUGUAUUGUGUGGUCACUUUUUGAGCUUUCCUACAAAUGUAACGAGCGCGCAAGCUUUGAUAACGGGUUUCAAAAAUCUAGUUGACAUGAUAACAAACUAUGAGGUGAUAAAAGAAUCGUCAAAGUUUGUUUUUGUACCCGGUCCGCAAGAUUUGGGCUCCCCUAAUAUUUUGCCGAAGCCUUCUCUGCCCAAAUGCAUCGUCGAAGAAGUGACGAAAGAAAUACCGAACGCUAUCUUUACCACAAACCCGUGUAGAAUACAGUAUUGUACGAAAGAGAUCGUGGUGUUGAGAGAAGACAUGCUGACAAAAAUGUGCAGGAAUGCGCUUCGUUUUCCGAAAGAGGAAAACUUCUUCAAACAUUUUGCCAAAGCCAUUAUCAGUCAGUCGCACUUGACUCCUGUACCUCUUCAGGUCGUUCCGAUAUACUGGAAAUAUAAUCACGCUUUACAAAUAUUUCCAACACCAGAUCUUAUUGUGAUCGCCGACAAUUUUGAAUCAUACACGACCAACCAUUCCGACUGCUAUGUGAUAAAUCCGGGAAUGUUUUCCAAAAACAAUUUCUCGUUUCAAGCUUAUGUUCCUGCGAUCAAUCAGGUUCAAGACUGUCAACUUCCAAGCGACACCGAUGUUUCUUAGGGUGAGAAAAAAGAUAAGUAUGAAGAAAAUAUCAACAACUGUUUUGUGUAAAUAAAUCUAUAUAAUUUUGGAUAUUAUUAUCACUAAUGUAUAUACGUGAAAAUCUUUUGUGAGUUUAUUUUACAUUUAUUUUGCUCUGAUAACAAAAUCCUUCGGUUCGGUUUUACAAUACUUUAAAAACGUGUCGGAAACAUCGCGUUUGAAUGGUAAUUUUUAAUACUCUCUACGUAAGACGCAAAAAAGACAAAGUAAAUUUAAGCCUAAGAGAUAAAAAUAAUUUAAUAAUCACACGAAACGAAAACUACUGGAGAAAUUUUUACAAUUAGUCAGGUCUAACAAUACGGUGAAAAAUGUAAUUCAGGGAUAAUUUACUUUGAGAGAAUAGGACAAUUUUUAUCGCGAAUAUCUUUCUCUAAAUUGUGUCCGUAACUUGGCGUGCUUUGCUAUGUUCAGAGAAUAACUAAUAAUAAAAUCUUAUAUCUCAGACUCUCUGAAUAGGACACCAAUGAUACUGAAAGAAUUUUUCCUAUCAAUUAUAAAUAGAUACAUAUGAUAUCUACUUAUAAUAGUCGUAUAAAUAGAUACAUAUUAAAACACAGUGUUCCUUUCUUUUUGCAAUGUACAUAACAUUAUACAACACACACACACACGCAUCCACGCGCGCACAUAUACUCGCGAUUUCCAAAGAGAAACACUCACGAGAUCACUGUGAAUAAAGUAAUUUUAUUUUAACAAAACGUGAAUACGAUCCGCGAAUUUCAAUACAAAUUUUCACAAGAGCAAAGACUGCACGGCUCCUGCUCUCAUGAAAAUUCGUAUUGAAAUUCGCGGAUUGUGUUGCACUCACGUUUUGUUAAAAUAAAAAUACUGUAUUUAAGUAAUCUCGUGAGUAUUACUCUUUGUGGAAACCGCAAACUCUCCGCGAGAUUCGCAAAAAUACACACAAACUGAUUCUUCCAUCCUCCCCGAUUUUGUCUCUCUCAAUUCGUUUCUUUCUCUGGAAGCAUAUAAGUCAAUUACUGGCCGUGGUAAAAUCAAACGUGACAUUCUUGUGUGUAAGCGUAAAAAGUCGUCAAUGUUUAAUCAUAACAUUACAAAUAACAUGAUAAUACUAACAUUACACUUUGUGUAUGAGCAAUAUAAUUUCUCUUGUAAUAACUAGUUGUGUUAAUAAUUUCUAAGACAUGUGUCGCCAUAAGAACAUUUAUAAAAUGUAGACUUUGAAUUACAAUCGAGGUUUACUUGUUUUCUCGCAAACUCCUGGAAGAAAUUUAUUCUCGUAUGUUACACAUUUAGGAUUUCGACUUAAAAUAUUUCAAAUGCAUGCUCGCGUUAAGAUUCUAUGGUGAUUGUUAAUACUUUGUUUGUUUUUUUUUUUUUUGUUUUUUUGUUUU